CUGUUUUUUUAUGAUGUGAACUGAUUUGUCAUUUCCUCCAGAGACGCUCUCAACCAGCAGGCCCCGUUUUAUUAACGCCAUCCGGCCAAGUGUGGCGUUUUACGCUGACGGAUCUGCUGUGAUGCCGAAACGCAAGACAGGCUAAGAAUAGCAGGCGAGGCGGAGACGGCGGUCCAAGGUUAGACCGGGACACCGGAGGAGAAGAAGUCAGACCAGAACAGGGGUGAUCAAACACGUCCACGUGGUCUUCAGAUUAUUUUAACCUCCUGAAUGACUGAGAAUUAACUUUUGUGGGAUGGUAGGGGAAGGUCCCGCCCUACUUCACCUCUGAUUGGCUAACAGUGCUGGGCUCUGAUUGGUUAUGUCUUUAUUUUACAGCUUUGAAAUGUCACUGUCUGUCGGGUCAGGAUUAGGAUUAGGUUUAGGAUUAGGGUUAGAAUAAAAAUUAGUUUAGGAUGAGGGUUAGGGUUAAAGUUAGGGUCAGGAUUAGGAUUAGGAUUAGGAUUAGGGUUAGAAUAAUAAUUAGUUUAGGAUGAGGGUUAGGGUCAGGAUUAGGAUUAGGAUUAGGGUUAGAAUAACAAUUAGUUUAGGAUGAGGGUUAGGGUUAGAGUUAGGGUUAGGGUUAGAAUAACAAUUAGUUUAGGAUGAGGGUUAGGGUCAGGAUUAGGAUUAGGAUUAGGGUUAGAAUAAUAAUUAGUUUAGGAUAAGGGUUAGGGUUAGGGUCAGGAUUAGCAUUAGGAUUAGGGUUAGAAUAAUAAUUAGUUUAGGAUAAGGGUUAGGGUCAGGAUUAGGAUUAGGAUUAGGGUUAGAAUAAUAAUUAGUUUAGGAUGAGGGUUAGGGUCAGGAUUAGGAUUAGGAUUAGGGUUAGAAUAACAAUUAGUUUAGGAUAAGGGUUAGGGUCAGGAUUAGGAUUAGGAUUAGGGUUAGAAUAAUAAUUAGUUUAGGAUAAGGGUUAGGGUCAGGAUUAGGAUUAGGGUUAGGGUUAGAAUAAUAAUUAGUUUAGGAUGAGGGUUAGGGUUAGAGUUAGGGUUAGGGUUAGGGUAAGGUUUAGGGUAAGGGUUAGGAUUAGGAUUAGGGUAAGGGUUAGGAUUAGGAUUAGGGUAAGGGUUAGGGUUAGAGUUAGGGUCAGGAUUAGGAUUAGGGUUAGGGUUAGAAUAUCCAGAAUUGUGAUAAUGUUCUAUAAUGUUCUGUUCGAUGUACAGAGCCGACACGUCUUUGACUUGAGCGUGUGAUGAUGUUUCCAGCUUUUCUAGCCAAUCAGAGGUGAAGGAGUCUGUCCAGGAUUUUAAUGCAUCAUCUCUCUGCUCUCUUUGUGCAACAAUCUCUGUUUUUAUUUGUCGUCUUUUAAAUGUUUAACCCCCCGAGACCCCAGCAGUGUCGGACAUUGUGAUAAUUGAACUAUGUUGCAGCGCAGAGUGUGAAUGUGCGAGCUUGUGUUUUGGUGUAAACACACAUUAACGGGUUUAUUACUGCUGCUGAGGGUCUCUAUCCAGAGGCAGAAGAGCUGAGUCAAGCUGCAGGGCUAAGCUGAGCUCUGUGUGUGUGUGUGUGUGUGUGUGUGUGUGUGUGUGUGUGUGUGUGUGUGUGUGUGUGUGUGUGUGUGUGUGUGUGGCCUGAUUUGCCUCUUUACUGUCACAACUUAAGGGAUAUUUUGGACGAGGUUCAAACAGGGGAACCAUAAAACAAACACAGAUCAGCAGAAAUGUUCCCUGACAGCAGAUCGACUCCACACUAAAGGCCUUUUCACUUCCUCUCAUCCGGCUUAAUCCGCCGAGGACACUUUUCUCCGUCUCCAUCCACAAACAAACACCACCAGAGUUCAUACAUCAGUUAUGGGACACGCUCCUCGUUCAGUCUGGGGGUUUUGGGGGCACUAAAACCAACAUUCAGCUGUCGGUCCUGUAAAUCUGUCCGGGGUGGGCAGUUCUGUCUCGGUUUAUAAAGGAGAAUCUGGGCCAACUGGAGCGGGGUGGUUUCUCUUUUUUCUUCUUCUUCUUCUCCUGCCAGAUCAUCUCAACAUUUGCUGCAUCAUAUUUCUGAGGGUUUUUAUUUGUUUGCAGUUUUUGUUGAAUCCAAAUAAAUCCUAUUUAAAAACCAGGACAGAGUGAGAAUAAAACGGUUAUUUGGAGCGAGAAACAUGACAAACAUGAAACGUGUUUUUUUCCAGGAUGGAAACAAAGAAACGAGAAUUUUGGAGUUUUGACACGAGAGAAAAUAAACUCAUUUAGUUUAGUGAGCUGUUCUGAUUCAUGCCAAACAAAACAAACGUACAGAGCAUCACUAUAGCAACAGUCAAAGCUUCAGAUUUCUGCACCACAGCGCCCCCAGCUGGUGGUGGCAGAAACCUGCUCGAUCUCAGAGUUUCUUCUUCUUCAAUUUAAAGAAAAAUAAAGAUUUCUGUUCCCUUCAGUGUUCGUCCAGUAAAAACAGCAGCAGACAGGUCUCCUUUCAUGCGUUCAUCUGUCUGCUCUUCAGGGAUGAUCCUCCGGUUAGACGUGAAAAUCUUCAGGAGACGAUUUUAAUCUUUUCUGACAGAAACUGCUGCGAGACGUGUUCAGAAAGUUACGUAACUCUGUAAACACUGAGUGUGAGACAGAGAGAGAAACAAACACUCAGAUCUCUUAAUUUAAGAGUUAAAAUUCAUUUUCUAAAUUCUGAGAUUCUGGUUCUGUUCACACCCAUGGGCCUCUGAAUGUGAGAUGAUGUUCAGCCUUUACAGCGUCUCUGUGGUUCAUGAUGGUUUACAGCCAUCAGUUCUGGUUCCAUCGUUUCUUUGGACAACGAAACAAGAACUGAGUUUUCCUUUGAAGGUUUUAAUUUGAUCUAAAUCCACUUUAUCGGGGACAAAAUAACCCUUAAAGAAUUUAUAUCUACAUUUAUAUCUAGAUAAAUGUUUUUAUUUUUGAGCAGUAAUAACAGAUUAACGGUUAUUUAUGUGACAGUGUUAACAUCAGUGUGUUAACAAAGACGUCUGAACAUGUAAAAACAGGAUAGAAUAUGAUCACAGACUAAAAUAAGAGAAAUGAUUCAGUCCUCAGGAAUCGGAGGAUAAAAUAUGUUCCAGUACAUCUGCUGCAGUGUGAUAAACAUGAUAUAAUACUGAAUAAAACCAUAUAUUAUACUACAGUAGGAGGCUUUGUGAUAUGAUAUAAAAACAAACACUACGAUAAAAAUGAAAGGAUGUGAUACGAUGUAAUAUAACAUGAUUUAUAGGAUACGAUACAUUAUGAAGAGUACAACACCGUAUAAUACAAUCGGGUACAAUACUGUACGAAACGGUACGAAACGAUAUAUUACAAUUCAAUUCGAUACAAUACGAUAUGAAACGAUACGAUACGAAACAAUACGAUAUGAAACAAUACGAUACGAUAUGCAACGCAAUAUAAAAUGAUAUAGUAUGAUACGAUUCGGUGCGAUUCGGUGCGAUACGAUGCAAAACAAUGCGAUACGAUACAUUACGAUUUGAUACGAUACAGUACGAUGCAAUACGAUUCAAAAUGAUACGAUAUGAUGUAUAAUGGUACAACACGAUGCGAAACAAUGCGAUUCGAUACAAUGCGAUUCUAUUCUAUAUUAUUUAAUACGAUUUGUUACAAUACUAUACAUUAUAAUGUGACAAAAUACUAAUAAUAUAAUACGAUGUGAUACAAUACGAUACGAUUCAAUGCAAAACAAAACGAUACGAUAUGAUAUGAUAUGAUUCAAUGCGAUUUGAUACGAAACAAUUUAUUAUGAUACAAUUUGAUACGAUUUAAUACGACACAACUUGAUUUGAUAGGAUGCAGUAUAUAUAUUUUGAAAUUGUACAAUUAGCUCAAAGUUACACUAUAGUUGGAUAAAAGUGAUUGAAUUUUGGAUUAUUGAUUAUGUCGAGUCUUGGAUCAGGACAGAGUUAGUGAGCUGAGUCUAAACCUGUCUUUGAGGUUAGUCUUCGAUCAUGUUAGACCUGACUGAACAUGGUCUGGGUCUAAACCUGUCUUUGUCUGAGGUUGGCCUUGAUAAACCUGACUGAACACGGUCUUAGUAAGUUCAGGAUGUCAGUCUGUGGUUCAGGUCUUUCUAUUUCAGCUGAUUCAGGAUCAGAUUUCUCACCUUCAAACACUGACGGACGAGGUAGAGGUGUCUUCAUCCUCCUCUAAUGUUCAGUCUGUGAUCUCAGGCCUGCCGAUGAAACAGGUGGUGGGAGGAGAAGAAGAAGGAAAACAGAUCAGUCAUAUGAGCUGGAGUGACGCUUUCUGUCAGAGCAGGUUACAGAGCGGCGCCCUCAAAGAGCUCAACGCUAACAGAGGAGGUCAGGGCCGGAGCGGCGGGCAGCUGAGUUAUAAUCAACCUUGAGUCACGGCUCUGUACAGUAUGAGUGUGUGUGUGUGUGUGUGUGUGUGUGUGUGUGUGUGUGUGUGUAGGGUUGACAGCUGUAUGGAUCUGAGUCGACUUGGAUCGACUUCCUUUAAAAUAAGCUGCCACUGCGUCUGUAAAUCAGGUUCAAAGGUCGUUUAACAUUCAGAAGAACUCGCUGCAGAGAGCUGAGCGCUCACUCCUGAUUCAUGGGACAAUAGAGGUGUGUGUUUAUAUGUUUAACUGCUGCGCACAGACUGUAACAGCCGUAUAACUCAGAGGAAGUGACAGGUUUUACGGCGUACAGCUCUACUGAGGCUCGGGUGUGUGUGUGUGUGUGUGUGUGUGUGUGUGUGUGUGUGUGUGUGUGUGUGUGUGUGUGUGUGUGUUAAAGCUGCACAUGGUGGACGAUCAUGAGGCCGCCUCUUUAAUAUUCAUGAAGAACCUGCAGAAGAAUCAUCAUCUCUCCUCUCUGCUGAGCUGCUCGAUGGGCUUUUUGCAGCAGUUUUGUUUGCAGUUAGUGAAGCGCAGCGGGAAGACGGCGCUGACUGUUUUUGUUAUUGUCAAAGGUAAUGGUCUGUGUGUGUGUGUCUGUGUGUGUGUCUGUGCACGUCAUCAGUCCUGCAGCUCUGCAGUCGCACACUUCAGGUUCAAACCGGGCAGAGCGACGGCUGCUCCUCCUGGUUUAUCUCUCACUGAAGAUCGUUCAGACUCUCUGUUCUCUCUGCAGACGUGUUUCAGUGACUCGAUUAUUCCAGAUGAAAGUCGGUCCUCUGUGACCCUGGAUGACCUUUGUGACCUGCAGCACCAGAAUCAAAACUCUGAAGGAUCUAUCCUGUCAGUCAUGAAGUGACUGAAAAUAUCAGAUUUCACUCUCAGAAAUCCUGAUUCAAAACUAAAUCAACUCUGACAACAUGAAAGAGGUGAAACGUCUCACUGAGCAGUUUUGGUCUAAUAGACGUCUACAUGUAGACUGGUCUAAAAUCAGACCACCACAGUUUUAAAAAUCAACGUUUUUUAGACCAAGUCUAAAUCUGGUCCAGAUCUUUACUUCACUGGAUUCUGCAAAAAAUGUUGAAACUGACAAAAUCUCCGUUUUUAAUUUAACAUGGAGAUGAAAAAAAGAAAAUUUUCUGUUCUUCUUGUAAAACACGUGGAGGAAAAUCUGCAGACUGAUGAAAACAGCUGCAGACUCUCAGGGACAAAAACCGAGACAGGAAAUGGAAAUACUUCAAAAUAAAGUUUCUUAGAGUCAAAAAAAAACACAUGGGCAUUUCUUAAAUUACUGUAUGAGAAGUAAUGGACCAGAAAUAAGGAUAUAUAUAUAUGUAUAUAUAUACAGUAUAUAUAAAUCAAGUAUCUGAGAGGUCUGAGAGCUCCUCUGUCAGGUUGAAGUUCAGGUAGUGGGUGAGAGUGUCCUGUAGGGGGCAGUCAUGCUCUUCCCUGUAUUCCUCUGGUCGUGUUCCUCCCUCUGCUCUCCUCCUCUGUGAUCAAACUUUGGUUCUCAGUAAAAACAGUAAAAAAGAAAAUAAAGAAACUGUGGAGCAGGAUGAGAGUCUGUGAGUCUGUCGAUGAUCUCAGGACAGAUAAACUCAGACUGAUUCUUCUUCUCUCUGCAGGUCUGUGACCAGGUCUUAAAGGGGUUUUUAUGUUCGGUCAUUUUAUGGUCCAGCAGUUGGUCAAAACCAGACUGGAGUCCAGAUUUCAGAAAACUAUCUCCAGUCAAACAGAUCAGACCCGGUUGGUAUCAGGAGGAUCCAAAAGCGUCUCCUUCUCCUCCUCCAGAGGAGAUCAUGGGAAUCUUGGGAGGAGCAGAGGAGGAGGUUCUUAUGUAAUUCACUGUCUCCAGCUCCACCUGUUGCUGAGGAUGGAUGGCUGGCAGCCUCAGCCGUGUGAUCGCAGUGUGUGUGUGUGUGUGUGUGUGUGUGUGUGUGUGUGUGUGUGUGUGUGUGUGUGCGUGUGUGUGUGCGUGCCCGAGGUUUCAGUGGAGAAUGAGAAUGAUCACAGUUGGUGUGGAGGAGAGUUUCCACCUCCACACUGUUGUACGGAGAACAGAGAGCUGCUGUUCUCAUGUUGUUGGACAGAGCGGCCGUGAGUUCAGGUCUCUGCUGAUCUUCUCAUGCUGGUUCUUCUCUCUCUGUAGUUUUAACAUCAGCUCUGAAACAUGAUGUUUGUCUUUAUUUCAGAUAUUUAUGUCGUGGUGUCUCUCUUAGUCUUGUGGAGAUUCUUCUGUUUUACUUUCUGUUGUCAUUUUGUCUGAAUUAUUCUUCUUGUGUGUUUGGAGCUCUUUUGUUGGCCUAUGUGUUUAAAAAGCUUCAUUAAAAAAAGCUCAAAUGUAAAUUCAGUCUCUUAAAAUCAUCUGAUUUCACAUCUUCACUUCAUUAGAUUUACUUUGGACCUCUGGGAGGACCGUAUGUGGACGGUUGUUGACUGUUUUGGGUCAGCUGGGAAACUGCUCAACGGUGCCGAGACAUAAAGGGACAUACUGAUCUGAAAUGUUGACUAGAUUUAAAUCUAAAGGGAUAUUCUGUCGUAAAUUUAAUUUAUGGUCAAACUCACCGUAACCCCGAGUUAGACCCCCCCCUCCAGAGAUGAAUGUUGCCGACCGCUUGCUUCUCUAGUUAUACCAACUUUAGUAACGACCGCAGGAUAGAAAUACAGAGAGCCACGCCCUCAACCAAAACGCCACUCUAUAGCCACAAAUAAUGCUCAGAACAGCACCUAACUUCAUCAACAGGACAUAUAGGGUCACAGACAUAGUACUAGACACCAAACAUCUUUUUAACUUUGACUCAUUUCUUUAACAAAGAGACUAAACACAACUCACCUACUCUCUUCCAGCAGACGCUUGUUUGUAGAGAGACCUCAGGCCAGUCCAUUACAGACUACAGCGGGGUGACGCAGCUCAAGGAAGAACAUUUAUGAUCAACCAAAAUUUUUUUUUUUUUUUUUUUUUUUCACCAGCAGAAAUAUUUCCUUAUUUUCUCAAAUAUCUAAUCGAUCUAUAAUCUAUUGAAUCUGAUCUAUAAUUUAAAGACCCCUUUAUUAAUCAGAGUGUUUGAUGUCCAGAUAAAACUCCCUACAGGAGCUUUAAAGAACAGACUCCUCUUUAUUUCUCAGAUUCAGUCUCUGUUUUAGUUCCUUAUUUACUGUCGGCAGAAUUUACCUUUAAAUCUAUGAAACUGUAAAAUGAAAAUAUAUCCAGAGAGUUUUGUUGGGUCGACAGGAUGUUUCUGUCGUUUUGUUUCUCACUGCUGUUGGAAUAUUAUUAUGAUGGAUUACAGCUGAGGAGAAAGAAGCAGUGGGAGGAUUUCUGAUGCCAGGAGGGAGAAAUUCAUCUGUGAAAAGGACUGAAACUUUUCUCAAGGUUGAGUUUGUCUGAAUUUAACUGCUGUUAAAUAAAACAGAAUAGUGAGGAUGUCUUAGAGAUACUCUGACGGUCACUGCUCAUGUCUGCCGACAGAACAAUCGUUGAACUUCUUCUAAACUGUUGGAUCAGAGAUGAUGAAGUUCCUCCACUGAAAACUCUCUGAUUCUGUUCAGCCUGCUGAGUUGAGCUCGUCUGUAGAGGAAAGACUUCUCCUCUGAGGAAAAACUGAAGUAAUCUGACAGAAGCCGAAACCAAACAGCCAACCGGAGCAGCAGGAAGACGCUCCUCCGUGUCCCUGUUUGGUGGCGGAGCUGCUGCGUGGAUGGGGGAGGUCUGCUGUGGAAAUAUUAUAAUGGGCUAAUCCCCUCACAGACGUAAUGAGAGCCGGUGCCAAGAGCAGAGCUCAAAACCACCGCGCCAUCUGUCUGACUCACACAGACUGUUCUGACGAGCGCGCGGAGACGCACCACUUUUUACGCACAACAGCGGCGCGGAUUUACACGGGAGUCCUGCAGCUCCGUGUCAAACCCUGAUGCUGUGACCGGGGACACGGACAGGACACGGACACGGGAACAACUCUGGACUCUGUGAUCGUGUCAGGUUUCACGGAGCUGUCUCUCUUUUCUGUCGCGCGUAAAAGUUCAGUUUUCAGUUUUCAACAGAUUCUCGUCCAGAUGGAGAACUCGACCACAUCUCCGGACCUGAACCAGACUUUAGGGACGUGGACGGACUACAGCGUCCAGUAUAAAGUGAUCAGCAGUCUGCUGCUCUUCGUGAUCUGCGCUUUAGGGAUCGUUGGGAACGUCAUGGUGAUCCUGGUGGUUCUCACCACCAAACACAUGCGGACUCCGACCAACUGCUACCUGGUGAGUCUGGCCGUGGCGGACCUGAUGGUGCUCACAGCGGCGGGUCUGCCCACCAUCACGGACAGCAUCUUCGGCUCCUGGGUGUUCGGACACCCCGGGUGUCUCUGCAUCACCUACUUCCAGUAUCUGGGGAUCAACGCGUCCUCGUGCUCCAUCACAGCCUUCACCAUCGAGAGGUACAUCGCCAUCUGUCACCCGAUCAAAGCUCAGUUCCUCUGCACGCUCUCCAGAGCCAAAAAGAUCAUCUUGUUCGUCUGGGCUUUCACCUCCCUCUACUGCGUCAUGUGGUUCUACCUGUCCGACAUCCAGGAGCUCGUGUACGACAACAUCACCAUCAUCACGUGCGGCUACAGGGUCUCCAGGAAGUUCUACCUCCCCGUUUACUUCUUCGACUUCGGCGUCUUCUUCGUGCUGCCGCUGCUGCUCUCCGCGGUGCUGUACGGACUCAUCGCCCGGAUCCUGUUCCUGAACCCGCUGCCCUCAGACCCCAAAGACAAGAAGGCCGGACUCAACAACAACAACCACGCCAACAACAAGAAGAGCAGCUGCAAGAACUCCAGGCACUCCAGCUCCACCGCCACGUCCCGCAGACAGGUGGGUGAGGUCCGGGGACGGGGGGGAGCUGGUCACGAUCACGAUCAGUCAGGAAUCUGAUAUAAUCUGAUCUAAUCUGGUCUAAUCUGAUCUGAUCUGAUCUAAUCUGAUCUAAUCUGAUCUAAUCUAAUCUGAUCUAAUCUAAUCUGAUCUAAUCUGAUCUAAUCUGAUUUUAUCUAAUCUGAUCUAAUCUGAUUUUAUCUAAUCUGAUCUAAUCUGAUCUAGAUCAUCUGGUUUGAGAAACUUCUUUCAGUAAAAACGCAAAAGCAGAAAUCAAGACCAGAUCCUGAUCCAGAACCACCUCUCCUGCCCCGAUCACUCUGUCAAAUACAGUUUUCGGUUUUUUUAAACUUUAUUUCUGUUUGUGAAAAAACACAAACUGGUGAUUUCACAGAUUUGGGGUCAUGACCACAGAAGUCCAGGACCUGAGACUCAAAAUACAGAGAGUCUCCGAUCUGGUCCCAGUGAACUAAAGUCAAAGACAGACUGAGGGUCCUGGAUCUGAACAGAUCCUGAUUUAAAACCUCAGAGUCAGAUCAGAUAAAUCUCUAAUUUCUGAGUGAAACUAGGAGACAGAGCGAUCUCACAGACCACAGAGGACCAGGUCCUUCCCAAAAACAGGACCUGGAUUUCUUAGAUCUGGUCCGAGUUUUAGAUUUUUGUGAAACUGUUUUUUUAUUUGAGAAAAUUAGGAAAUAUCGUUUCUGCUGGUGAAAAAAAGGUGGAAUCGCUCUUUUUGUCUUUAACGUAUAGAUUUCUGAUGAUUGUCGUAAAACGGCGAAAACUCCAGUCUGCAGGUUUUAAAGGACUCUCAGUGAUUUUAAAGAGGAGUCGGAGCUGGUUCGGUGUUUAUCUCUGAUGGUUCAAGUUAUUUUGACGAGAGUCCAGGAGGAGGUCAGGUGACAAAGUCGGUCAAAUUCAGGUCCAGCGUUUGUUUCCUGAGUCAGCGUCGUUUAUUAAAGUAACUCUGAAGUUUAGUUUGAUAUAAAAACUGAUUUAGAUUUGAAGCUAACAUGAUUCUUAAAGGGAUACUUUAAAAUUUAAAUUAAUCUAGAGUUAGACCCCGCCCCCUUACUUCUCUAGUUUUACCAACUUUGACCCUGAAUUAAUUUUACGUCAGAAUAUCCCUUUAAAAAAACCUGAAUGACGACGUAAACAAAACUUCGUCCUCCUCUUGUUCUCGUGCUCUACAGGUGACCAAGAUGCUCGCCGUGGUGGUGAUCCUGUUCGCCAUGCUCUGGAUGCCAUACCGCACUCUGGUGGUGGUCAACUCCUUCCUAGACCACGCCUACCUGGACAGCUGGUUCCUCCUCUUCUGCCGGAUCUGUAUCUACCUCAACAGCGCCAUCAACCCGGUCAUCUACAACGCCAUGUCGCAGAAGUUUCGAGCCGCUUUCCGCAAGAUUUGCCGCUGCGGGAGAAAAGGCUCGGAGAAACCCACGGCGUACAGCGUGGCGCUCACGUACAGCGCCGUCAAAGACACGUCGAUGGUGGAGAGCACCGACCACUUCACCACGGAGCUGGAGGAGCUCACGGUCACAGACGACCUGCUGUCGGAGCAGAAGAUGAUGUUCCCCGAUCAGUGUGCGUACAGGAAAGAGGAUUUCAGCGACGCCUGAGGACGACCUCAGAGUCUGCGAGUCGAUGACGGGCUGAAAACUCUGACCGUGUUGAUAAUGGCGUCUGUGAAGAGGGAAUAUUGAACCCUGAGUGUCUGCUGACCUUUCAAAAGCAGCCGGACGGAGAUAAAGACGUAAACAGAAAUCACAGCGGCUGACGAACUUUGACAGUCCGACAGGCUCCAGAAAUCAUGAAGAGACGGUUUUUCACUCUCAGCGGCGUCUGACCUCUGACCUUCGAGUGAAAUCUACUCAAUAAAACAUGAACGUGAACAAAGACGGCGUUCCCUCCUCCGAUAAACGGGGCGGUACGAUAGUCCGGGUCAGACUCAUUCAUGAUCCUGAGUCGGUGUUUAAAUGAGAAGACAAUGAGGCGCCUUAAAGGGGCCGUUUCUAAAACAGCCAGCAGGGGGCGACUGAAGUUCAUCACAAAGACGACUGAUCGUGCAGAAACACCCGAGAAAAUCCAGUUUACUGACUUUCAUUAAUUAGUUUCCUGCGUGUUUCCUCCUCGUGUUGUGAUAAAAACUCUCUUUUAGGAUAUUUACGGUAAAACAGACGACGCUAACCCCUGACCUCCACCUUCAUCCUGAUCGUCUCCUAAAAGGUCGUAUCCUCCGAUCGUAGCUGAUCGUAACCGUUCAAGUUAACGUGUCAAUUUACACCGACUUCUUUCCGUUCCUCUGCGGAUCGCCGGACUCCUCAGCUGAUCACAAGAGUUCUAUUUUUUCUGGACGCCGGAGCAUGGCGGAUAAAUUCAGCACAGAUUAACCCGUGCUGGAAAGGAAGUCGGGCACAGACACAAAAUAAAACAUCCGACUUCUUUUCAAAAUAAAACACAUGAGGAGAUGCUGAUUCUAGAAGUCUAGAAGUUGAUUUCCUCCUCUGGAAGGACACAAUCUACUGCUUAUGUGUCUAUGUGUCUGUCUAGCGUGAUUGAACGUGAAUCUGCGGCUUCUUGUGAUUUCUCGCCAUUACCGCUAAUCCGCCAUGAAAUUCGCCUCACAAACGGAUCCUGUAGGAGUCGUCAGACGGUGAAAAUUGGGGGUAACUUUUCAAAGUUCUGCAGCGUGAAGGUUAAUAACCCCUGAUCCGGUUUACGGCCCGUUUAUUCUCUACGUUCGACCCGCACAGACACAGACGGACCCGCCUGUUGGUUUCGUUCUUAUUCCUUCAUGUUUCACGUCGUCUCGCUGAUCUGACCCAAACGUCGCCGAGCCUCUGAACGUCACACAAACACAAACACAAACACAAAGUUAUCUUCAGGAGAAGAACUUUUCUCUGUCCUCUCCUUUUGUCUCUGACGGAUGUUUGUUGUCGUUCGUAUCAAUGAGCCUUUAAAUCGUUUUUCAUUCAGACUUUCUCAGACGACUGAACCGUCUGUAAAAUAAAAAAACACAGAAAUCAAUGUUUCAUUUUCUUCUGCCUCAGGAGGAAAAAAAAACGAACUCUUUUCAUGAAAUCCUGUCCUGUGCAGCUCUGAUGUUUUUCAUUCAGGAGUGACUCACAGCUGAACCUUCGUGGACAAAAACAGGCCCUAUUUUUACCCUGAAGGACGCCGAUACAACCUCCAGCACAAUGUGGAGACCAAGACAGACUGUGGCGAGCUCGGAGCGUUCAAUCUCUCCCUGUGGAUCCCAGUUUCUCCUGUGUUCAUACGUUCACAUGAAAACUGUAGAUAAAUGAGCGCGGUUUGGUGUUUCCUGUAAAUAUGUA